CGCGCCACACUCUCUCUCUCAUUUCUUCUGUUUAUAUAUUUAAAAAAAUCCCAAAAUUUUUAGCCUUCUUUUCUCUCUCUUAUCAUCAUCUCCUGUCUCCUUGCUCAGUUCUACCGCCGUCGCCGCCGUUCUCUCCUCCGCCAGAUUCACUUCUCUCCUCCACCGCCGGGACUCAUUACCUCCUCCGGUUGCAAGUUUGGUUUGAAGUUUCCGGACACUGCUGCUUCAGCUCAAUCAAUGCUCAUUGACCUGGAGUUGAGAAGCUUGCCAGUGUAAUAAUAAUAAUAAUAUUAUUAUCUCAACGAGCUUAAUAGCUGAAGAUUAGGUCUUUAAAUCAAUGUCGGAAAGUGAUAUGGCCAUCAUUAAACCAGAGAUGAUGAAAUCCUAUAUAUGGCUUGAAACAUCUGAUGGAUCAAUCCAACAAGUAGAACAAGAGGUUGCAAUGUUCUGUCCCUUCAUAUGCCACCAAGUGCUACAGAAGGGUGGUGGAUCUUCCAAGAACAAUGCAAUCUCUCUUCCACAGAAAGUCAAUCCUGCCAUGUUAAGCUUGAUUUUUGAUUACUGCAGAUUCCAUCAACUACCUGGACGUUCUAACAAGGAACGUAAAGUUUAUGAUGAGAAAUUUAUGAGGAUGGAUACAAAGCGGCUAUGUGAGUUGACCUCAGCUGCUGAUAGUUUACAGUUGAAGCCUUUGGUUGAUCUUACUAGUCGUGCUCUUGCACGGAUUAUUGAGGGGAAAACCCCUGAGGAGAUACGUGAAAUAUUUCAUUUACCUGAUGAUCUUACUGAGGAGGAGAAGUUAGAGCCUUUGAAGAACACGAUGGAUGAUCCACGUAUUCGACUCUUGAAUAGAUUGUAUGCUAAGAAACGAAAGGAGUUGAAAGAAAGAGCAAAACUUAAGAGUAUAGAGGUUGAAGAACAUGUGGACGAGCGUUCUGUGGAUGACCUUUUAUCGUUUAUUAAUGGCAGAGAUCACAAAGUGGUAAAUACUUCCAAGAGCAAAAAGAAGACCAAGAAAAGGAAGGAGCAUAAAAAUGGAACAUGCAAAGUUUCCAAUAAGGAUUCACAUAAUUUACAUUCUAAGCAACGAAGUGUUGAUGAGACUUCGUCCAGCUUGGGAGGGGUAUCUAACUUACUUAGCAUGGAAGAUGAUAUAUUUUCAAGGAAGGCUGAGUUUGAAGAUGGUUAUAUAGAUGAUGAAAUUGAUCCAGCUUUGAAAGAAAUGCUUGAUAGGGAGGUAGAGGAUUUUGCUCGGAGACUGAACUCAAGUUGGGUUCUAUCGGUAGGACAAGAAAGGCAGCCUGUGCACUUCUCCAUAAACGGCAAUGGGGACACAAGGCGACUGACAGGUCCAGCUGCAAGACACAAAUGAGGCUGAUGUUGACGCUAGCCUAAUGGCUGGAACAGUUUUGGUGGAUCUCCACAUUUAGAUUUGUAAGCAAUUAGAGAGAGUUGUGUUGCGUUUCAUGAGUGUUCCUCCUGUAAUGUUUUUUUCCCCACAGUAUGUUUUCGUUUUGUUUCUUCUUCCUUAAUCCUAGAGCCUAGGAUGCAGUUUUGCUCUUCUUUUUUUCUUAAUGAUCAACCUUUGUAUACCACUUUUAAUUCAGAACGGCUGAGAAAAUCAGCUCGUUGGUUACAUUUUCUGUAUUUUCUUAAACUAAAGAAUAAUAAUAUGAAGUUUGUUUAA